CGCGCCGUCCUCACCGAUUCCCACUCCACACCACUCGGUGGCGGUAAUACGCCGUUUCGUUUAUCAACCGUGACAAAACAUCAGAAAGAAGAAGAAGGCCGACGGCAGACUGUGGACACUGCAGUACAUGCGACCGUACAACUGCUCUCAGCCCGUGUUCUGUUUUUUCCUCAACACCAGCGACGACACGGAGGAAAACAGACGUCCGUGUUUUGAAGUGAAGUGGCGGUGAAGAUUUCAACGAAAUCCCAACUUUCCUUUACCUGCACGAAACGCGAGGUGUGUGGCGUUUGUGGACUGGCAGAUAAAACAGCUUUCCCCUUGACUACUCAGUGGAACGGUUUUUCCAAUAACUGACAUCACAAAAAAAAAGCCAAAGGUGCAGCGGGGGCGAGGCUGCUCUCAGGUCAGAACAAACCCGUCGCCAUGGAUGUGGAUGAGGAGGAGAAUAUGAGUUCGAGCAGCACCGACGUUAAGGAAAACCGAAACCUGGACAACGUGUCCUGCAAAGACGGUGUGGGUGUGGCUGAACAGCUCCCCAAUGGAAGCGGCCCGGCCAGUCGAAAGCGCCCCCUAGAAGAAGGAAACAAUGGCCACUCGCACUCCAAGUUCCGGGCCAAGAAGCGUAAGAAAACACCAGGGCCAGUCCUGCCCAAGAAUGCUCUGAUGCAGCUGAAUGAAAUCAAACCAGGUCUACAGUACAAACUGCUGUCUCAGACAGGACCGGUCCACGCACCAGUUUUUGUCAUGACUGUGGAAGUCAAUGGACAGAUGUUUGAGGGCAUGGGCCCAACGAAGAAGAAGGCCAAACUGAAUGCAGCUGAGAAAGCACUGCGUUCCUUCGUCCAGUUCCCCAAUGCCUCUGAGGCACACCUGGCCAUGGGUCGAACACUGACAGUGAACACAGACUUUACAUCUGACCAAGCUGACUUCCCAGACAUGCUCUUCAACGGCUUUGAGACACCAGCCGUACCUGAAGAGUCCUUCUAUCUAGGUUCCAAUGGUAGCAGCUCGUUAAACUCACUAGGGGAGUACCCACUGCCCACACCACCUGGCAGCAACCUUGUCCAGGCACCACUGCCCCCUCCAUCGGCAUUCAGCUCACCCUCCAGUGGCAAAAACCCUGUCAUGAUCCUCAAUGAGCUCAGGCCGGGCCUCAAAUAUGACUUUGUGUCGGAGAGCGGUGAGAGUCAUGCCAAGAAUUUUGUGAUGUCAGUGACAGUGGAUGCACAGACGUUUGAAGGCUCAGGGCGGAACAAGAAGCUGGCUAAAGCCCGGGCAGCGCAGGCCGCCCUCUCAGCUCUCUUCAACAUGCAGUUAGACCAGACACCAUCCCGGCAACCCAUACCAAGAGAGGGAUUGCAGCUUCACCUACCCCAGGUUCUCGCUGAUGCCGUCUCUCGCCUGGUGGUGGAUAAGUUCAGUGAGCUGACAGACAACUUCACCUCCCCCCAUGCGCGACGGAAAGUCCUAGCAGGGGUCGUCAUGACAACAGGGACAGAUGUGAAGGAGGCACAGGUAAUUUGUGUCUCAACAGGAACCAAAUGCAUCAACGGUGAGUACAUGAGCGACCGCGGCCUGGCACUCAAUGACUGCCACGCUGAAAUAAUCGCCCGACGCUCGCUCAUGAGGUACCUCUACACCCAACUGGAGUUCUUCCUCAGCAACAGCAAAGAGGACCAUCAGAACUCAAUAUUCAUGCAUUGUGACAAGGGAGGCUACAGGUUAAAGGACAACAUUCAGUUCCACCUCUAUAUCAGCACCUCGCCCUGCGGAGACGCCAGGAUCUUCUCUCCGCACGAGGCCGGAGUGGAAGACCAAGGAGACAGACAUCCCAAUCGGAAAGCACGGGGCCAGCUAAGGACCAAAAUCGAAUCGGGGGAGGGCACCAUCCCUGUGAGGUCCAGUAACACCAUCCAGACCUGGGACGGGGUGUUGCAGGGAGAGAGGUUACUCACCAUGUCCUGCAGUGACAAGAUUGCAAGGUGGAACGUGGUGGGCAUCCAGGGCUCUUUGAUGAGUUACUUCACAGAGCCGAUCUACUUCUCCAGCAUCAUCCUUGGCAGCCUUUACCACGCCGACCACCUCUCCAGAGCCAUGUACCAGCGCAUCGCAGAUAUCGAGGACCUGCCCCAACAGUUCACCCUCAACAGACCUCUACUCAGCGGUAUAAGUAAUGCAGAAGCCAGACAGCCGGGCAAAGCACCCAACUUCAGCGUGAACUGGACGGUGGGUGACCAGGCCCUGGAGGUGAUCAACGCAACCACCGGCAAGGACGACAUGGGCCGCGCUUCACGCCUCUGCAAGCACGCCCUCUACAGCCGCUGGGUGCGCCUACACUCCAAGCUGUCAUCCAUCUUGCGGAUCAAGGUGCUCAAGCCCAGCUCUUACCACGAAGCCAAGCAGGCAGCCACAGAGUACCACUCCGCCAAGCAGGCGCUCAUCAAGGCUUUCCACAAGGCCGGCCUGGGGGCCUGGGUCAAAAAGCCCAUCGAGCAAGACCAGUUCACCCUCAGCUCCUGAGGGAGUAACGGGACCAAGGGACUCCUAAACCCCCCACUCCUUCCCCCCUGACCCAGGCCUGAUAGAAAGACAACCCCCGUAUUAACAACCAGCCCACAUAGACACUUACCUCCGUCCCGUAUGUUCGCACGCACAUGCGCUUUUCACUCGUGGAAAUAAGCGUGCAUAGUUUCACAAACCAUCCAUAACGCAUCAUUCUCAUUCCUCAGAGGACCUCAGCCUCGCCAUGUCCUUUCUCAUGAUAUUGACUUUUGUCCUUUUAUUUUGAUUUUUAAUGGAUGGUGUGUGUUUUUUUUUCAUCUACUCGUUUUCUGUUUUAAAACUGGAAUCCAUUGUUUUACACCGCUUUUGGUUGUUUUUUUUUUUGUUUCCCAGAUAAAUCAUGUUUUUAUGCCGUAGACGUGAAAGUUGAAAUUCUACAUUUCUGUCUUAUUUUGUUGAUUUAUGAGUGUAGUCAGUUUAAGGUUAAAAUGUAGAAACACAGGCUGAUUCCUUGUCAACUAAAACCAACAUAUAUGGACCUAAAAAUGUACUUGAUAAAAAAAAAUAAUAAUAAUGACAAAGUUUUAAUUUAAAGAUGCAUAAUCUUCAGGAUGUAAAUCUAGUACUGAAAAGACAGAGAACAGAAAAUAGUUAUAAUAAACAUUUAAUGUGUGUUAUUUGGUCCGUUCCUUAGAUGAGAUGUUCUUAGCCCCUGUAUUAAAGAUGAAGAUGUUAAAAAAAAAAAAAAAUACUGUGGCCCUGCUCUAUUCACUGACUGGAAAUAAUAUGUAGGUCAGGUGUCACAGAAGUUUAGUACAUUUUUUUUUUGUUGUUGUUGGUUUUAGAUCUUAUUCAUUCAUUCGUGCGUAUGUUCUGUAAGUUAUUUUAUGUUACUCUCAUUUCAUACUUGAACAGUGGGGGGGUAAGGGGAUCAUGUUGAGUGUCUCGUAGCCGCCCUGACUCCUCCCCUCGCCUGGGUCUUGGGACAAGUUUUGGGAGGUGCUGCACGUUGUAUUUUUCCUUGAUCUAAGCCAUGGCUUUGCAUGGGAACUGAACUAGGAGGCCCGCAGAGCAGAAAACAUGUGGUGGAGAGCCCCGUGCGUCCAUCAGUGAAUGAUUUUUGAAUGAAUGCCAGCAUAUUCCUCCACAGGCAGCUUUGAAUCUGUGUCUCUAUUUUCUAGAUUUCUUGUGAUUGUUUGUUUGUUUGUUUGUUUGUUUGUUUUGGGGUGGGGUGGGGAGCGGGGAGGGACAGAGACAGUUUCUUUUUAUUUUUGUUGUUUUUCUUGAAAUUGGGCAUUUGAGGAUGGGGGAUUAUACUGCAGUGAAAAAUAGUGAUAGUAUAAACAAACCUCUCAGAUCUUGUAACUAUGUCACUUUGUGGCAGGGAUUCAUGAUAGUUGAACUAUUCCUAGAAGGCAUGGCCUGUGUACUGUCUAUGUAGUGCCACGCGCAGUACGUGAAGUUACAUUUAAUGCCUGUAGCGAUCGUUCGAGGUGCAAACACGUUGUAAUCCCUCCGACUUUCUCUAAAAACAACAAGACCAACAUGCACUCACUGUACGAACAGACUCACAAUGCUAAUAAUAUCCGAUAAACUCCUACCAGUACAAUCCGACGUAUCACGGUGUGAUGUCAUUUUAAACGGCCGUUCUCUCUUCUACAUCUAACUCUCAGAAACACAUUAGACGCGUAGUUCAGAAAGACCCCUCGUGAGCUGACUUGACACCUGUACUGUACACCCCCCCCCCGAUGUUACUCGAGUGCUUCGACGUCCUCAUGUUUUGAAAUUUGUAAGUGAGGACGCUGCAAUUAAUUAAUUCCUAUUCCCAGUAGUAGGACAUGUAGGUGUGUGUGUGUGUGUACAAUCUGUGUGCUCAGGCCUCUUGGAGUCUUCACCAAAGAUGAUGUCCAUGUGUGUUUCUGCCCCAGUAUUUCCCUUACAAAGUUUUUUUUUUUAUAUAUAUAUAUAUAUAUAUAUAUCUCAUAAUGUUUUUUGGCAUCAACCUUUUACCGUUUGGUUUUUGUACUGUACAUCCACUGAACAAUGUACUGAUUUGUACAAAAAAAAACUGUGUAUUCCAUUCAAUAUGGGGUAAAUGCAAUUGUCAGGCUUCUUUAGUGCAUCUGUAGCCGUCAGUGACCACGUGUAUAUUGUGACCUGCGAUCAUUAUAUUGCUGCAGUACAGUCAUUGAUUUAUUUUUUUGGAUUUUUUUUUUGUAUAUAAGGAACAACAAAAAUGACUAAUUCUGUUCCCUGUACAAUCAAUUCUUCCCAUACUGAACUGUUUUAGACUCUUUCCCCGUUUUGCUGGGAUUGUGAAGAUGUUUCUGUUCCAAAGUAAAGUUUUUAGUGGUUCUGCGUGACUCACUGGGCACCAUUAAGCAUGGCACCAACACUGCCGGGGUUCUUACAGGCUUCAUCCUCCAUUGUAGCCAUCCAUAUGUUUAAAGAAUAUAUAUAUAUAUAUAUAUAUACAUAUAUAUGCACUGUAAGGUGCCUCAGCUACAAGCGGCAUCCACCAGCUGGCACGUGUGAUGUCAUAUACAGUAUGUACCUUUUUCACUUCUAUUUGGUUGUUUUAUGACUCUGUAUUAGAAAAAAAACUAAAAAAGCAGGAAAAGGGAAUCUCCCAGAGUUGACUUGAAGGGUGUAAAAUAAAAAUAUUGAAAUUGGUUUUUUAAAGAAUCAGAGAAGACAGUGGGAAAUGGUGCCCCCUUACAAAUAGACCCAGACCAAAGUCACAAGCAAUACUCCUGAUGUCUCCUUUACUGUCACUUUCAUCACAAACAGGAGUCUGAAAGAAACUUCCCUCCCCCUGCACCCCAGACUUUGUUAUGAUCUCCCGUUAUGAUCUCUGAGGUUUUUAUUUUUGUUUUGUUUUGGGUUUUUUUUGUAUAUUUCCCCCCUUAAAAAGACUGCCUGCUUCUAGAGUUUUGUUCUUCUUUUUUGACUGCACUAAAGAUGUCAACUGAUGAUGUCAUGAUAAGAAACCGUCCCCGUUUAUGGAUCGGAUGGCAACUAUCACAGCAAGAACUGAACUGCAUCUGCUUAACCCUUUUGUGAAUCCUCAAUGAUGGUCAGUGCCCCUCCUGCAGUCGCCUCUGUGGUGGAGGGAGGGUUUUGUUUGGUGACUCCAGAGUGGUCAGUGUGUGUGUGUGUGUGUGUGUGUGUGCGCGCGUUUGUGUGUGCGCGUGUGUGUGUGUCCGCUCUCGGGGUUCAGAGCCACUGCUCCCCAUUCUCCAGUUGUCCGAUGUGUGAAAUCCUCUGCCAACAGAAUCCACAACCUUGCAUGUACUACCGACACUGAAGCUGCACCUAGCAUGAUGACAAACUUUUAAAGGACUCGUGUAGAAAAAAAAAAAUUAACUGCUAAAGAUAGAUAUAUAAAAAUGAAUAAAAAAGAAUAAAAGAGUUCUUAGUUUA